AGUUUCUUGUAGACGGCUGUAGAUAUUUACAAUGAAAUCUAAAAGUUUGUGUUGUUGACAACAUUGGCUACGCAGUUGUUAUGAAAAAUCAGUUUAAAAGUAUAGCAAAAAAUGUAUAGAAUUUAUAGGGUUUUUCCUUUACUCCCAUUAUGCGAAAAAUCUUUCGAAGUUACCUUGUUCCACCGUGUUAAGUUGGCAUCGUCGUUUUGGGCUCAUGGUACACGAACUUUGGGUACCGCAGAACCAUUGGAAAUUGCAGAUUCAGGGCCAUUGGCAACAUACAAAGCCAGAAUAAAAUCUGGCCACCUCUUGGAAGAUAAAUGUCAACUUCAGGCCAUACACAAAUUACAAGAGACGUAUGAUUCAAUCAAGGGAUACACACCAGCAAGCCAAUCAAAUUUACUGUCAAAAUGGCUGGGUAUACAGAAGAAGACAAAUGUUCCCAAAGGACUUUACAUCCACGGAGCUGUUGGCGGUGGCAAAACGAUGAUCAUGGACUUGUUCCACGACACGGUAGAAACGAAUCGGAAGAAGCGAGUCCAUUUCAACGCUUUCAUGCUCGACAUCCACCGCCGUAUUCACGCGUUGAAAGAUGGUUUUGUUCGACAAUCGGGCAGCAAAAACUCCCGCGCAACUAAUUACGAUCCCAUUCCGCCAGUAGCGUCCAAUAUCGCCAACGAGAGUUGGCUGAUUUGUUUUGACGAAUUUCAGGUGACUGAUAUCGGUGAUGCAAUGGUCCUCAAAAGGCUCUUUACCGAACUCUUUGCCCGUGGAGUAGUUGUCGUUGCUACCAGUAAUCGUCCACCAGAAGAUCUUUACAAAAACGGCCUUCAACGGACAAAUUUCCUGCCUUUCAUUGGAGUGCUCACCGAUCACUGCAACGUUCACUGCCUCGAUUCUGGAAUCGAUUACCGACAACGAGCCGCAGCAAACAGCGAACACAAGCUUUAUUUCUCGACUCAGGAAAACGGGGCUGAAAAAGAAGUUAGUCGUCUAUUUAAAUUGUUGUGCUCCAGAGAAAACGAUACCGUACGGCCCCGAAAUUUCAUAGUGCAAGGAAGAAAUGUUACGUUUAAUCGGACCUGCGGGCGAAUUCUCGAUACUACAUUUGAAGAAAUUUGCGAUAGACCGUUAGGAGCUGGAGAUUACUUACAAUUGAGUAAAAUUUUCCACACGGUCAUCAUUCGUGGUGUACCGCAAUUGAACCUGAAGCUCAAAUCGCCUGCCCGGCGUUUCAUUACUUUAAUUGAUACGCUCUAUGACAAUCGUGUGAGGGUCAUCAUUAGUGCAGAUGAGCCAUUGCAACGGUUGUUUUCAAAGGAGCGAGAUGCCGAGGUUUUGCUACAACAGACAAUCUCCGUAGACGACACAAAUAUGAUUGGCAAUCAGGCUGCCAGUAUAUUUACCGGUGAAGAAGAGUUGUUUGCCUACGAUCGGACAGUGUCCAGACUAAGCGAAAUGCAGACUCAAGAUUAUUGGGCCAUGUGGGACAAAUCACGCUAGCUUAAUUGUACAUUAUAGGAAUAAUAAAAUGUAAAUUUCGACGUCGAUGGUGGGUGUAAUUCACACAGAUGACAGUCAGAAUACACCAGAUGUUACAAAAACCA